GGAGAGGAUGCGCCCGGCGGAGCCGCCUGGGCCUGCGGGAGCCUGCUGCACUUGAGAUGGAGUUACUGCCUUUCUGGCUCUGCUUGGGUUUUCACUUCUUGACAGUGGAAUGGAAGAACCGAAGUGGAAUGGUCACAGCAGCUUCCCAAGGGGGCUGCAAGUUGGUGGAUGGAGUCGCUGACUGUCGAGGGCAGAACCUUGCUUCGGUGCCCAGCAAUCUCCGGCCCUACCCCCGCACGCUCAUCCUGGACGCCAACCCUCUCAAGACCCUGUGGAAUCAUUCCCUCCAGCAUUACCCUCUCCUGGAGACCCUCAGUCUGCAUAGCUGUCAGCUGGAGCGCAUUGGUCGUGACGCCUUCCAGGAGCAGGUCCACCUGCGAAGCCUGGCGCUGCCUGACAACGCCCUCUCUGAGAGCUACAAGGAGACAGCAGCUGCCUUCCGCAGGCUACAGGGUUUGUGGAGGCUGGACUUGUCGGGAAACUCCCUGACGGAAGACAUGGUGGCCCUCAUGCUCCAGAACCUCUCUUCACUCGAGUCUGUGUGCCUGGCAAGGAACACCAUCAUGAGGCUUGAUGAUUCUGUCUUUGAGGGCCUCGGGCACCUCCGGGAACUGGAUUUGCAGAGGAACUACAUCUUUGAGAUUGAGGGUGGUGCCUUCGAUGGCUUGACUGAACUGAGACACCUCAACUUGGCCUAUAACAACCUCCCUUGCAUUGUGGACUUCAGCCUCACGCAUCUUCGGCUCCUCAACGUCAGCUACAACGUCCUUGAAUGGUUCCUGGCAUCAGCGGAAGAGGCUGCCUUUGAGCUGGAGACACUGGACCUCUCUCACAAUCAGCUGCUGUUUUUCCCGCUCCUGCCCCAGUCCAGCAAGUUGCACACACUCCUGCUACGGGACAACAACAUGGGCUUCUACAGGGACCUGUACAAUAUCUCGUCACCGCAGGAGAUGGUGGCCCAGUUCCUCCUUGUGGACGGCAACGUGACCAAUAUCACCACAGUCAACCUCUGGGAAGAAUUUGCUUCCAGUGACCUUGCCGAUCUACGCUUCCUGGAUCUGAGCCAGAACCAGUUCCAAUACCUGCCCAAUGGCUUCUUAAAGAAAAUGCCCGUCCUCUCCCACCUGAAUCUCAACCAGAAUUGCCUGAUUACGCUCCACAUCCGGGAGCAUGAGCCCCCAGAAGCACUCACGGAGCUGGACCUGAGCCAGAACCAGCUCUCAGAGCUGCACUUGGCUCCGGGGCUCCCUGGCUGCCUGAGGAGCCUCCGGUCAUUCAACCUGAGCUCCAACCAGCUCCUGGGUGUCCCUACUGGCCUUUUUGCCGAUGCCAGUAACAUCACUACAGUUGACAUGAGCCACAAUCAGAUCUCACUUUGUCCCCAGCCAGCUGGCUUAGCAAGCAUGGGCCCCCCUAGUUGUGUGGAUUUCAGGAAUGUGACAUCUUUGAGGAGCCUCUCUCUGGAGGGCUGUGGGCUGGGAGCUUUACAAGACUGCUCCUUCCAGGGAACCACCCUCACUCAUUUAGACCUGUCUGGCAACUGGGGGGUUCUGAAUGGGAGCACUGCCCCUCUCCAGAAUAUUGCCCCCACAUUACAGGUCCUGUCUCUCAAAAACGUGGGCCUCAGUUCUAGCUUCAUGGAGUUGGACUUCUCUGGGUUUAGGAAUCUGAGGGACUUGGAUCUGUCGGGAAAUUCCUUGACCAGUUUCCCAAGGUUCAGGGGCAGCCUGGCCCUGCAGACCCUAGAUCUUCGCAGGAACUCGCUCACAGCCAUUCCCCAGAGGGCUGUGUCUGAGCAGCUCAUGAGAAGUCUGCGGACCAUCUACCUCAGUCAGAAUCCAUAUGACUGCUGUUGGGUGGAGGGCUGGGGGGACCUACAGCGUCUGCACAGUAUCGCCGACGUGGCCAUGGUCACUUGCAACCUCUCCUCCAAGGUCAUUCGCCUGAUAGACCUGCCCAGAGGCACGCCUCAGGAUUGUAAAUGGGAAAGGGUGGACAUGGGCCUGCUGUACCUUGUGCUCAUUCUCCCCAGCUGCCUCACCCUGCUGGUGGCCUGCACCGUCAUAUUUCUCACUUUUAAGAAACCUCUGCUUCAGGUAAUCAAGAGCCGCUGCCACUGGUCCUCCGUAUACUGACCUGGCUACGAGCCAAGGUUAGAAAUUUGGUCCGUGCAUGGAAAAACACUUUGUCUGCCAGAUUUCAAGAUCUGAUGCAGAGGACAAAUCUGAUGAAUUGAGGUUUAAAUUAAAGUGUAAAAUGUUUCCAUCCCUUAGUCACCCCAAGUUCUUCCUCCAUCAUUAUGAUUCAUCCUUAUUAUCCUGGUAAAAUAUUUAUUAAGCGACAUUUUACAAAAACAAAAAACAUGUCUCAU